UGUUACCGUACCAGGAAUUAAGUAGUAAAUUAUGUUUAUUAUUAUUAUUAUUAUUAUUGCAAUCCUAAUGAAUAAAAUAUUUAAUUUACAAAACAUAUGUCACUGCUAUAUAACUUCCAUGGCCCUGUGCUGUACAACUUAACCAUUGCUUCCAGAGAGGGGGGACACUAAUUUAAAAGCAUUGUUCUUUCAAGUUAGUUAUUUAAAAAGAACUAAUUAACUCUGCACUUUUUCUUGGGAAAAAGGGAAACAGAAACACCUUUCAUUUUUUGGAACAAAGCAAAGAUAAAACUGCUCGCAGUUAAAACACCUGCUGCUGAAAAUGCCAAUCAAAAACCACUCAGCACCCUACUGUAUAAGUUCAAAGGUCCAAAAUUAGUUUAAAGCAAUCUGCGUUUUUAAUAUCUAGUAUUUAAUCACACUGUAAUUUGAGAGCUGUGUUGCACUUUUGCCAUCCUCUCACAAGAGGGCCACAUUUCUCCCAUGUACUUUGAUGCGUUACCCUGUGAUUUUCUGUGAAAGCCCUCUGGUGAAGGGUGAACUUUUACAUUAAGGAGUAUUAUUAUAUUUUCUGUUGAAAGCCAGUAUGAAUGGAAAGAUCAGUGGAGCUCUAUGGUUUCCAUUGUGCUGCCGGCUUUAAGAGGUGUGUUUACAGGAGUAAGCAGGGUGUAAAUGUGCAAGCAAGUGUAUACUUUUGAUAAAUAAUUACACAUUAUUCCACACUUAACCAUAAUGGUUGAGUGCACUGACAGCUGCAGGGCUUGUUGAUAGUAUCAGGGUGUUUUAGGGACUUUAGACACACAGCUUGACUUUCCGUUGCCCACUCCACACUUCAGUGGAAAGAGGAAAGUCCCAAAUUGACCCAGGUAAUGAGAACCUUGCUAAGGGUGGGGUAAGACAGGAUUAUAGACAAGGAAAAAAAGACUGUCUGCUUGGGUGUGAAGUCGCAGUAGGACUAGCAGCAAUGCUUCAUGAGUCAUGAUGGAGCAUCUACUGUUUGCUACUCUCCUUGUUCAUCUGUUUGUGGUUUCUUGAGCUCAGCUUAACAUGCAGGCUGGUGUUCCCAAACCCAAGCAACAGAAAAUGUAUAAAUCUAAGGUUAGAUGCAGAUUUCAGAUAUGCAUAAUAAUUAACUGCAUGCUAGAAGAAAAAGAGCAGUAAGAGAAGUAAAUGUGGACGUUCAACAUGCUGUUACCAAAGACUUUCUACGUUUUUUGCAGAUGAAAUCAGCUGUAAUGCAUCACGGCCAGGAAAUUAUUGUCUGUUUUUCACAGAAAAUAGAUCAAAUCAGUUCAGAAGUGGAAGUGGGCCACUGUAAUGAACACGAGGCACUCAAGCUGUGUGAUGGAUAACAUGCAAAUCAAAAGGUCCAAAAUUAUGUUAAUGGAAGCAUAAGAGGACAUGAAAAUUUCCAACAGGAAGUUCAUCUUUUAGUAACAUCAUGGUACUGGAAAUAACUUCAAAUCGGCCAGGUAUGUAGGAAUGCGUCCAGUAUGUGGAAGCUUGCAGUCUGGUAAAUUUGAACAUUAGCUGAAAAUAUUUCAUUCUUGGCAUUAAGACCACCAGUCUCCUUCAUUACAUAAAUGGCAUAAGGUGUAGUUGAAUCUGUUGCUUUGUGUGCCAUGUUUUUGUAUUGGUCUCCCUUUUUUCUCACCUGCCUGCCUCCAAAAAAAAGAAAAAGAAAAGAAAGAAAGAAAAAGACAAGCAUGCCUGCUUUAAAUUCUCAAGAAAUGUUUUGAACUCGUCUGCAAAACAGUCAGAUAUCCAGACUACGUCGGAAAUGCAAAAAAUUACCACGAAUUCAGCGCAACGUUAAACUCCUUUCCUGCCCAGCUCGGUGUAAUUAACAGCUUCGAGUUCAUUGUUUCGGUUUAAAACGAAAGCAGGCCUACAGCGUCAAACAGGCGUUCAUUAAGAGCAGAUGCGCAGCUCCUCCGAGACUCGCUCAGAAAGGUGCGCAGGGAUACACAGAUGUGUCUAUAAGUUCUCCUGGGUUUCCCUUCGUGUAUACUGGCACGAGUCUGAACAUUUGAGCGCUUAUCUGAUCAGAGACAAAAAAGGGAAAUAGGGCAAUGGUUUGAUUUGAUCGCCGCCCGUUUUCCCCCUUUAGAUGUUGGAGUUUCUCACUUUGUUUUUUUUUAUAUAAUUAGUAUUUUUCUCCGGACGUGGCCAAAGUUGCGCUGUUACCUGAACCUGGCUCAGUUGAUGCCGAGUCUUAUUACAAUGAGCGUUGACCACCAGUCGGUUGCCGCAGCGCCGCUGGAUCUGAGCACCACAGCUCGAGGGCGCAGGAACGCGGGGGACUUAACCUUUUGCGCCGGGGACGCCCGGGCGACCGGCGGCUCACCUGCGCCUCCUGCGAGCACCGGGACGGACAGUUCAGCGGCUCGCCGCUCCCCGGACGCGGAAAGCACUCAGCUCGGCAAACGAGCAGCGGACUCAUCUCCCAUAAAGACUCCAUCGAAGCUUCCUUUUAGGAAGCGCACGUUUCCCGUCGAACAGGAGGUCCAGAAGCCGGCUGCACCGAUUUCAGUGGCAAGCUCACCCUGCUCUUCCCCCGCAGAGGAGCAGAAAGUCCGGAAGAGUGCGGCUAGUCGCUUGGAGAGAGCAGCGGAUGAAAGCAGGUUCGCCGUUGCACCGGUGACCCACAGGCGGACCGAGCAAGCAGCUCACAGUCCGGAAGGCUAUUCCUGCUGCAUCUUGCCCAUUAUUAAUUACGGUCACUACCCAGUGUGCCUGCCCCCCUUUCCAGAGCCACACCACCCACGAGUACACCAGACUGACAACCUGCUGACAGGAAUUUCUCUGGCCACACAUCAGGAUGAAGACGGAGACACAGCCCUCCAUAUAGCUGUGGUUCAAGGAGAAUUGCCCAUCGUCCACAAACUCAUCCACCUGUUGGUGUUGGCUCGAAGAGGCCUUGAUAUCUACAACAAUCUUCGUCAGACUCCUCUUCAUCUGGCAGUGAUAACCAAGCAAGCAAACAUGGUGGAUGUUUUGUUGAGGGCGGGGGCCGACCCUGCUGUCUUGGACCGUCAUGGCCAAACAGCACUCCAUCUCUGCUGUGAAUAUCAGCUGCUCGAAUGCCUAUCUGUACUGCUGUCUUUCUCCUCAUCUUCACCCUGCCUGGAGAUCAGAAACUUUGAAGGUCUGAGUCCUCUUCAUUUGGCUGUGCUGCAAGGCCAUAAAAAUUUGGCAAAAAUGCUGCUGGAUGCAGGAGCAGACAUCAACGUGAUGGACAUUAAGAGUGGUCAGAGUCCUCUCAUGCAUGCCGUGGAAAGCAAUAAUGCAGAUAUGGUCCACUUCCUCAUUGAGAAUGGCUGUGACGUCAACAGCCAGUCGUACAGCAGGAACACAGCUCUGCACAUCGCCUGUGGCCGAGGUCAGGUGGAUACCGUCCGGCUGCUGCUGAAGAGCGGAGCAGACAGUAGUCUCAAGAACUACCACAAUGAUACGCCAGUGAUGGUGGCCAAGAAUAAAAAAAUAACAGAUGUGUUACGAGGAAGAGGAUCCAAGCAGAUCAAAGUUCAAGAGCAGCCUUGUGUGUCGGUCUCACCGCGUCAGAGUUGCUAUAUGGAGAAUGGAUCCCCUUCUUCAAACCACAGUCAUGGAUCUACACCUCCUACAACACCACACAGCUUCCUUCCUAGUGCUUCCCAUCCCCUAAAGACUUCGUCUGCACUAUUCUAGCUUUGUGCAAUAUUUCCAGUGGAUCUCGCAACUACCUCCACACAGCUAAUCGUCAAACUCAGGGCAUUCAGCAAAGGAUUUGCCUCAUAUGAGGGAAAGCCAGAAAAUAUCAGCAUUAGACUCAACACUGGACCACAUCUCAAAUGUGGCCUUCUUUGAGCUGUUAUUGCCUUGCCAGAUGAGGCAUCUCAAAUCAUACAGCUGCUGUUUUGGACAUUUAUCUUGUGAAUAUAAAAAUAAAACUUCUGGGUAAUGCUGACAUUAAAAAAUGAGGAGUUUCCUCUUUUCCAAGUCGGCAUGAACAGAAGUGGGAAACUGCAUGUAAACAAGCUUGAAUGUAAAAGAUUUUUUUUGGAGUUACUUGCACAUAUUUGUAAAUUACAUGAAAUAAUUGUUAAUGAAAUCAGAAUUCCUGCCUUUUUAUUUUUGAUACACAUCAGAGCAUAAACUGAAUAUUAUAGGAAAUGAAAGAGGCUUUAAAGGACAUACAGUGAUACAAAGUUUAUUUGAAGAUUCCAGUAUUCCUUUUGUGAAUGUUCCUUUAAUUACAGACUGUAAGGAAACAAAUCCCUACAUAUUUAAGCAAGCGAGAUUGGAAAUGGUAUCUUGUUUAAGUGUUUGUGUUUGUAUGCCUGUAUCUAUUUUCCUAUCUUGUCAAAAGUUAUUGACUGUUUUUUUUAUAAAGUUUGUUCAACAGUUUCA